AUGGACCCUCUCCUUCUGGCGCGAGCCUUUGCCGAAAAGCACUCUCGUCGCCCAUCAUCCAGUGGCACAACCACCCCUGACCAAGUCACUCCUAUUGCCAUCCGUCUCAUUCACGAAAAUGCUCCCCGUCGAGUCCGCUCCAUCGCAUCAAUAAACAACAAGCCGCAAAAUGACGACUUCUAUAGAUACUGGGAUCGUUUCCUCGCAACGUCUCCGAACCGCUCUCUCAACACAUCUGCUCUGGGUCGUCGUCUCGAGCAGACACUCAGAGACGCUAGUGGCGAGGAGAAUGGUCUUCAUACCCAAGAGAGUCCUGCUGCGUCUUAUGAGCAGGCCAAGGAAGAGUGCCAGACCAAGGUUCAAGCCAUUGUGGCAGAGUGCAGUCGACUGAAUCAGAAAUAUCGAGACAGGCAGUUCGAGCUUGACCUUGCCCAGCACGACUGCAUUGUUCCGUUGGUAGAUGAAGACAAUACCACCGGCACGAUACGACCAUCAGGUGUCAAGAGAGUCCAGGACAUUUUUGACAAGCCGACCUUCAAUGCAGAGGGGGCCUGCGGCGACGAUGUGAUGCAAGGUUCGUUGGGCAACUGCUGGUUUAUCGCCGCCCUCGUCUCUGUAGCUGCAAAACCAGGCCUCGUGCAACGCCUCUGCGUGGCACGCGAUGAAGCUGUAGGCGUAUACGGAUUUGUCUUUUUCCGGGACGGAACCUGGAUACCAGAAAUCGUGGACGAUCGCCUUUUCAUACAUGUCUCUGACGGUGACGAUUUGUUCGUUGGUAAAUAUGUAGACGAGAGGCAGACCCGAAGCACCUUCAACAACAGUAACGACAUCGGCAAGCUUAGGGAGAGUUUACAAAAGGGCGGUGAGGCCUUGUACUUUGCCCGUUGUCGAGACAGUCAAGAUACAUGGCUACCACUGAUUGAGAAGGCAUACGCAAAAGCUCAUGGCGACUACGGCUCUCUGCAUGGAGGGUGGGUAGGCGAGGGCACCGAAGAUCUUACUGGCGGUGUAUCGAUCAACCUUGCACCGAGUGACAUCAUGGACAAGUCACGACUAUGGGAGCAGUUAAUGAGAGUCAACGAGACCUACCUCUUCGCUGGCGGAGCGUUCCACUACAAGGAAGCUGGCAGCUUUGGUAAACAUGCCUAUGCCGUGCUACAAGCUGUUGAGCAUAAAGAGCUUCGGCUACUUAAGAUUAGAAAUCCUUGGGGUAACAAUAAAAACACAGACAACUUCGAUGGUCCCUUCAAUCACAAAUUCGAAGAAUGGAAUGCUGAGCUUGUAGAACAGCUGAAGUUCGACUUCAAAGAUCCUGGUGUCUUCUGGGUGACUCUCGACAACUUCUUAAAACACUUCGAUUCCAUUCAGCGUACUCGGCUCUUCGACGAGUCAUGGACCUUGACCCAGCAGUGGACCUCAGUCAGCGUACCUGCAGGUGCAGUCACUUUCCUCGACACCAGCUUCCACAUCAGCUUGUCCCGUGCAGGUCCCGUCGUCUUUGUACUCGCCCAAUUAGAUUCAAGCUACUUUCAAGGUCUCCAAGGGCGAUACACAUAUUGCCUCCACUUCCGCGUCUACGACUGCAAAGAUGGCACAAAAUGGCUAGCUCGCAGCAUGCACGUUUCUAGUGGAAACUACAUCAACACCCGCUCAGUCAGUGUAGACCUCGACCUCGAAGCCGGCAACUACAACGUCAUGGUCAAGGUCGAACCCACACGAGUUCUCUCACAAACCGCAGAAUCAGUCAUCGAAGCAGAAGCACCUUACCGAAAGCAAAAGCUUCUACAAGUAGGUAGAAACUUUGAGCUUGCGACUGCAAAAGGUAAGCUGAGAGAAAAGGAACAAGACACUAGGAAGCAGAAAAAGCGAGAGGCUAGAAAAGAGUCUCGUGAUCGUCAGUCGAAAAUGAGGAGAUUGAGACAACAGGCUAAACUUAGGGAAAGGAGGCGUAAAGAUCGUAUUGCGAGGGAGAAGAAGGAUAGGGAGAUGAAUGAUUUGCUGAGACGAGCAGGUCUUGUCUUUGUUUCUCCACCGCCUAUGCCAGUUGAUCCGCCGAUGGUUCAAAACAUGAGGCCUGCUGGGCCUUCGACGCCUCCACCACCGCCACCGCCAGUAUCUCUGGGCCCGAGGACCACUCCUUAUGCUGCAGCCGACUCAGAUCCCAACGCCGAGCUUGAUGACGAUGACUUCGAGUGGGACAGCGAAAUGGACGGAGAUAUCUACCCAUCAUCAAGUGAGGACGAGAAUGAUUGGUACGCCGAUGAUCCAUGGAACGCUCUGCUUGUGCUCGGUCUGAGAGUUUACUCUCAAGCGAGCGGUGUCACUAUCAAAGUUCGCGAGGGCAAUGAGAAGGACGACACCUUCAACGAAGAUGCGCCGACCAUCGUCAUCCCAAACAUCAUUCCUGUCGUAGCUCCAGAAACGGAAACAAGUAAGGAAAAUGGCAAAGCAGAGAAGCCUCAGGAUGUUGGCGAUGGUGCGAAAUCGAGCUCUCCUUCGAGCGAGGCGACAGUCGUAGGAUCUUCCUCGAGCACAGACGACAAGAGUCUGAGCACCAUCGCAUAUGACAAGGCAGACCAAGAUGACACCAGCUUAAGUGCGGCAAUCAUACCGGUGCUAGGCACCAACGAUCUUGUCAUUGCAUCAGAAGUGACGAAGGAUGUUCAACAAGAAGCAGGAGCCACAAAAACAGAAUCCGACAAUGACGCCAAUCCAUCCUAG